UACAGGAACUGUAAUGUGAAAUAAAACCAGGACGGACGGGGAGACAGCAGCAGCAGCGGCUUUGUUUUGUUAUAUAAGUCGGGUAUAUUUAGAGUAGCUUGUUGUGUUUAUUAUAUAUUGUAUAAUAUUUGUGCAGAUGCCUCAUUGGUCGAUAGAUAAGAGUGCACGGCGAAAACAAUGUUUUUUUGACUUUGCCUAUUGAUCCAUAUUGGAGUUUUAGUCGGUUUGUAUUAACUUAAAGGUAUAAGGAUAGUUUAAAACAACAAAUAAAUAAACAAUGGAUUGCAUAAGUCCCAUGCAAAAUAAGAGAAGGCACAGUGGAGAGCUCGAACAGUGGCACAACCAGCCGAAAAGGCAGUGUAAUGGACUGGGAGGCUGUGGGCAGCUGGAAUACAGUGUGGUGGUGGACACUCCAAUGGACACGUGGGAUGCCCCAAAUCACAGCUCACAGAAUGGACACAGUGCCAAUGUCCCAGUCAUGCAGGUGUUAAACGCCCCGGGACGAGCAGCAGGACAGCAUUGCUCCAGGUGUAUGGCUGGAGAACCUGGCCAUAUAAACCACAUCAUGAGGUAUUGAUCAGCAUUGGCGAUGACUCCUGGAGAAAAUGAAUCGACUGAAUAAAUGGGCGAUGCAGAGAAGCGGGUUGCAGAUUACCCGGACCGUGUGGGUUUUUUUCCCCCGCAUGCUUUGUGCCUUACAUACGUGUUCCAGUACUACAGUAGUACCUAAUAUUGGUUUGUAGCAGAUGGGUUUACAAUGCCAAAACCACUCCGGAUGAUGAUGGUUUUUAGGUCACACUGCAUGAAGUGUGUGAACGUUUUGCACUGUCAAUUUUCCAAUAUUGCUUGAUCUCAAAGUUAAUGAAGCUUAAAUAUAUUAAGUCUAUUUUUCAAUAAUAAAAUACACUUUUAUUUUAGUAUUAAAUUCAUUA